CUUUACCAGCCUUAAACUCAAAUUCAAAAUGCACGCCGCUUCUAUCCUUCUCGUCGCCCUCUCCGCCGUCGGCAUGGUUGCCGCCAAGCGCGACUGUAGACGCGACAGAUCCCACCCCGGCCGCGGCUGGUACUGGAUCGUCGAGGGCGACACCCUCAACGAGAUCGCCGCCGAUUUCGGUUCCACCGCCAACAUCAUUGCCGCUAUGAACGGCAUCCCCAACCCCGACUCCAUCCCGGCCUGGAAGACUAUUGUCGUCCCCUGCCCUCCUUAGAUUAUCCAAGCUAGAUCGAAUGGAUACCCCGCGACACAACACCGGCGUACCGCAAGCGAACUUCAUUACCGUCAGAAACUUCGCAUAUCUGGUCAACUACCACGUCAAACUUUAGGGCAUAGCUUAGAUAAUGC